AUGUUUGUUUAAUCUAAAAUCAGAGCAGAAGUUUUAAUUUAUGAAAAAGAAUAAUUGAAAGUAAUUAGAGAAAAUUGUAUUCAUGGAGAUAUGAAAAGUAAAACAAGACAAGAAAUAUUUGAAUAAUUUCAUAAAGGAACAAUAUGGAUACUUAUUUUUACUGAUAUGAUGAUUAGAGAAAUAGAUUUAAAAAUGCUUAAUUAUUUAUUAAUUAUGAUUUUCUAGAAUCAAUGA